AGCUAUCGGAACGGGCAGAUCAAGCCACGGACUUGGUGCCUUAUUUUGGCGAGUGAUCUUGGAUAGUGUUUGCCUCCCCGGACGAGAAGCCAUGGGCGGCGGGCGGCUGAAAGCGGCACUGUUUCUGGUUUCAUGUGCUGCUACCUCUCUGACCUGGGCCCAAUAUGAACAAGGCAUCCCGCUUUGCAAGGACGUACGGCAACAGGGAAACAGCACAGACGAGUGGGUGCCUAUAGGAAGCAGUGGUAAUAUAAGGCAAGACUGCCAAUUGCAGAAUCAGUUCGACCAAUGCAGAGGAGACAUGACUUUAUUCGAAAACGAGUUGAACAAUUUAAAACGUUGCCAAAAUUAUUCUGCGAAGAGAGAAGCCUGUGUGAUAGUGAAGAGAAGCAAUCAUGAUAACGUCGUACACAUGUUGGUGUUGCUCCUUGAUGUUAUUUGCAGUGAUGGAGACCAACAUCCAGUAGACAGCUGUUUAAUGUGCUUCUUCUCUGUGCCGGAGGAUAUGGCCAUGCAGGCAAGCAGUGCAGUGUCAGUCGCCAAAACUUUUAUGCCUGAAACAGUCACGUCGCAAACGCUGGAACCACGUCAGCAGUCAGUUCAGUGGCAGAAGAAUGAUUGGGGAAAAUACAUAUUCGGAAUAUUUACUGUGUUAUCCGUGGUUAUGAAUGUAAUCCUUGCUAUGAAGUUAUGCAAGAGGAGUGAUUGCAAAAAGUUGCCGUGCAUAGAAAAUCCUGAAUCUGGAGGCUAUCGACGCUGUAGUACGGUCGACUCCCAUACGAAUAUGACAGAACUAACGUGACACGAGAAAGACCGCGGAACAACGGGUGUGAUUUUUGUACAGAACUGGAGGAAGAAAAAUCUCAUUAUUUUAAUUUAUCCUGAUUUGUUUUGUUAAAUCGACUAAGAAUGCCCAUCUUCGUGCGCGCGCGUGUGUGAGUAUAUGUGAAAAUAUAUAAUUUCAAAUGUAAAGAGAAGAAAUCUCAUGUUGAUUCAGUAUUUGUUAAAUAUAUAUAUCGCAUUAUACAAAUGUAAUAUUUUUUUCAGUUUGAGUUUUUAGAGUAGUUAAUCAUGAAAUAAACUGACUUAUUUGACAUUUAGAAUUA